UCAAAACACCGUGCUUCACAAUGGCAGCAUCAGGCCUUGAGAGUGCGGGGAUUGUUCUUAAUGCGUUUCCGAUUGCCAUCAACACGCUUGACAUAUGUCGCGAUGCUGCAAAACUGGUUGGGUUGUUUCUCCAAAUUAAAUUAGCAUACAAAAGAUGGCGCGAUGAUUUGGAGUUCCACAGACUCUUAUUUACAAAGAAUUUGCGACAACUUCUACUGCCUCUCGUACUGGAUGACGACACAAUUGAGGAGCUUUUGCUGGCGCCAGGAGGAGAUCGCUGGAGGGAAGAACGAGUCACACGGCUUUUUGAAGAACGUCUCGGAGAUUCAUAUGACCUUUACAUGAAAUUUAUAAAUGGUAUGAAUCAGACUAUGGACGAAAUAAACAGAGAGCUCGCUGUCGACUCCAGCUGGGCUCAAAAGAUGAUGCUCAAUCAGUCGCAAGCAUCAAAUAGCGAAGAAAAAAUGGCAGACUUUUUAACUCGUCAAUUACAUAAGUUCAAGCUUAGCAGUAAUGAGACUGCCCGCAAACGACUUUUCGGAGAAUUACAGCAGUAUAAUGAUAAGCUCGAGAAGCUUUUAAAAGCUAGCGAUGAAGAUAUACGCAUGCAACGCGAUAGAAAGUCAAAAGGUCAAUUAGACAGCAUUGACUUGGGAGUGUGUAAUAUUUGGAGGCAGGCCAAAAGCGUCUUCCAAGCUCUUGCUUCUGCGUGGACCUGUCAAUGCCAGCAGCAUGGCGCGAAAUUGCUUCUUCAACAUCGGACAACGCCAAAGGCCGAAUUCGAAAUCACGCUUUCGGGAUUUACUACGUCUGAAUACGAAAUUCGCAAAAUAAGAAUUUUAGAAGCAGAGGAUAUAGCGUUGAAACAGAGCACCAGUACUUUGGAUAGUGUUCCUAUUCCCCUCCACCAACCAAGCCACAGAUGGACCCAUCGGCUUAUAUCCAGACUCCGACCAAGAAACAACAAAGGAGAAUCUACCAAGAAUCCAAGGGCUCAGUUAUCUGUAAGACUUGGGCGCGUUGAAACAAGCCUUAGUCUCCAAACAGACGACCAGAUAGUGAAUCUAUGUGCUUCUUUGGAGAUUUCUGAAGUGUCAUACUAUGGUUAUCUCUUACGAGAAGAGUGCCGUUAUCAUGUUUACAACAUAUCUCGGCAUUACAGCCAGGCAGUUCGAUCGGUGACCCUGGACCAGAUGCUUCGCGGCGGUGUUUCUCCACCAUUAACUCGUUCGCAACGAUACAAUCUAUCAUUGAUUCUAGCAUCAACAUUUCUUCAACUGUUAAAUUUCCCGUGGUUGUCAGUAUUCCCAAAAAGAUCUGAUAUCGUUUUCCUUAGCAGUCAUAAUGAAAACGCAAGGAUCCUCCGAUUAGAUCAGCCAUAUAUAAGCCACAGCUUCAGACCUUCAAGUACACAUGACACUAUUUCUUCACCAGAGGAAAUUUUCAGCUUCAACGACGCCCUUGACCAUCUCGGGAUUAUGCUUUUAGAGCUUUGCUUUGGUCAAGUCAUGGAGGACCAGCCCUGGAGAAAAUGUCUACCGGCAGGAGUAAAUGAUCAAGAGAGGAAAGGAUUCGAUAUAUUGGCAGCCCGAGGAUGGCAGCGCCAUGUAAAUGAAGAAGCCGGCGGGGACUAUGCCGAAGCAGUCUCUUGGUGCCUUGGGGGAAAUCGAAUCGCAUCACCAGAACGGUGGAGACAAGAGAUGCUGCGUAAGGUGAUACAGCCUCUGCAUAGGUGUCGCGAAUAUUUGUCAAAUACUGGGGUUGAGAUAUAAAUCAACGUAAUUAUGAUGAUGAGACUGAGAUUAAAUCUAAUAGAAAAGAUUUGCUAG